AUGGGAAACAAAGGGUUAGCCACCGAAUACACUUCUCUUGGGAAUAGGCUUACAGUUAGACAAAAGGAGGAUGUGAAGAAGUUCCUCAUAGGCUUGGUCAUAGCCGGCUUAUUUGUGCUUGUUGCUUUCGGCCUUGUUUUCGGCUUUGUAAAACUCAGUAAGGAAAUUAAUAGUGGCAUCCAUCAGGAAAUUGAAAGGGCAAAAAAAGAAGCAGAAAAUUAUGUCCCGGAAAUUACAAUACCUUCUAUUGAUUUCACGGUGUUAAACGUAACAGAGACUCGUGUAAAGUGGGAUUUAUUGAUCAGGCUCCCCUCGGAUCUUCCUGGUUACUUUAUGUGUCUCAAAGGAGAUUUUCAAGUGUUUAUACUUUACAAAGGUGUUACCAUAGCUAAUUCAACCAUAGAGAGUUACAACUUGAUACCUCGUUGGGCUCAACAACUUACUGUUUCAGCGGUUGCUUCUGAGGGAGAUAUGGACGGCUUGGUCGUGAAAGAUAUUAUGGAAGAUGUUAAGCAAAGUGGUGAGAUACGGUUUGGAUCGAGAUUUGUUCUUCCGGAUUGCAGAGAAGAGUCGACGAAGGGAAAGAUGAACUAUGCGUGUGAUGAAGCCACGUUACGGUUCGAGCCUUGUUCUCAGAUGAAGGCAACAUCGUUUGGAAAAAACCCUACUUGCAGCUAUGUUCGUUAA